GGACUGCUGAUUUGGAAAGUACUACAAACCUGGUCCUACAGCCUGGCUGGUCUGCUUUCUGCUUUAUUUAUCUAUUACUAGUUUUUUGAAUUGAACUUUUAAUAACCUGCCAGCUGCUCUUUAGACACACAUGGUGCAUUGUUGUCAUUCCCAGAAUCACAUCUUUGAAAUCCAGGACCUUGGUAACCUUCAAACAAAGAGGCGACCUCAAGGAUAAUUUCUACAGGAGGACUUUUCAAACCUGCCGCCCUCUAGUUUGUCUCCGCCUUCUUUCUAGAACAUUAUGGAACCCACAAUGGAGUCCUGCUUGAUGCAGGUCCUGCAGAAAGAUGUUGGGAAACGACUUCAAGUUGGCCAAGAAUUGAUAGAUUAUUUCUCAGAUAAACAGAAAUCUGCUGACCUUGAACACGAUCAGACCAUGCUGGACAAAAUGGUUGAUGGCCUUGCUACCUCAUGGGUAAAUUCCAGCAAUUAUAAGGUUGUCCUGCUGGGUUUGGACAUCUUAUCUGCACUGGUGACACGGCUCCAAGAUAGAUUUAAAGCUCAAAUUGGCACAGUGUUACCUAGUUUAAUUGACAGACUGGGAGAUUCAAAAGACUCUGUACGAGAACAGGACCAGGCCCUGCUGUUAAAAAUCAUGGAGCAAGCUGCUAGUCCCCAGUACGUAUGGGACAGAAUUUUGGGAGGAUUCAAACACAAGAAUUUCCGGACAAGAGAAGGAAUUUGCCUCUGCCUUAUUGCAACUCUUAAUGCAUCUGGAGCUCAGAGUUUAACCUUGAGCAAGAUUGUGCCCCAUAUAUGUAACUUACUUGGUGAUCCAAACAGCCAGGUUCGUGAUGCAGCAAUAAAUAGCCUUGUAGAAAUCUACAGACAUGUAGGUGAACGUGUAAGAGCUGAUCUCAGCAAAAAGGGAUUGCCACAGUCUCGGCUGAACAUCAUUUUUACAAAAUUUGAUGAAGUCCAGAAAUCAGGCACCAUGAUUCAGGGAGCUGGUGAUAAACAUUUUGAUGAUGAUGACUCGGUGGAUGGGAACCGACCAUCCUCAGCCAGUUCCUCAACCUCUUCAAAGGCUCCCUCAUUAUCUCGAAAAUGUGGGACGGGCACUGCUCGAAGGGUAGGAGCAGUAGCUUUAGUCGCAAAAACUCCAGCAACUAAAGAAGGAGCUGGUGCCAUUGAUGAGGAAGAUUUCAUUAAAGCUUUUGAAGAUGUCCCAACUGUUCAGAUUUAUUCUAGCCGAGACUUUGAAGAAUCCAUAAACAAAAUCAGAGAAAUCUUGUCUGAUGAUAAACAUGAUUGGGAACAGAGAGUAGCUGCACUGAAAAAAAUCCGGUCUUUAUUAUUGGCUGGAGCUGCUGAGUAUGAUACCUUCUUCCAACAUCUACGCUUGCUUGAUGGAGCCUUCAAAUUAUCUGCUAAAGACUUGAGGUCCCAGGUAGUGCGAGAAGCUUGUAUCACAUUAGGACAUUUGUCAUCGGUAUUGGGUAACAAGUUUGACCAUGGGGCAGAAGCCAUCAUGCCAACAAUCUUUAAUCUCAUUCCCAACAGUGCCAAAAUCAUGGCCACUUCUGGUGUAGUAGCUGUGAGAUUAAUUAUUCGACAUACACACAUCCCUAGACUAAUUCCCAUCAUCACCAGUAACUGUUUCUCCAAAUCAGUUGCAGUGAGAAGGCGGUGUUUUGAAUUUUUAGAUUUAGUUUUGCAGGAAUGGCAGACACACUCCCUGGAAAGACAUGUAUCAGUAUUGGCUGAAACCAUCAAGAAAGGAAUUCAUGAUGCUGACUCCGAAGCACGGAUAAAAGCCAGAAAGUGUUACUGGAGCUUCCACAAUCAUUUUAGCCGAGAAGCGGAACAUUUGUUUAAUUCACUGGAAUCCUCAUACCAAAAAGCCCUGCAAUCUCACUUGAAGAAUUCUGAUAGCAUAGUGUCUCUGCCUCAGUCAGAUCGCUCCUCUUCUAGUUCCCAGGAGAGUCUCAACCGUCCAUUGUCUACCAAAAGAAGCCCAACUGGAAGCACUACUUCACGAGCUUCUGGAAUUAGUGUGAAAUCUGCGUCAACAUCAGGGUCUCUCCAGCGUUCUCGCAGUGACAUUGAUGUGAAUGCAGCAGCCAGUGCCAAAUCCAAAGUAACAUCUUCUGGUUCAGAUUCCCCCUUCAGUUCUGCUGCAGCCCUACCUCCAGGCUCAUAUGCAUCUCUUGAUGGUACUACCAGUAAAGCUGAGGGUCGAAUUCGCACAAGGAGGCAAAGCUCUGGAAGCACCAGUAGUAUCACUUCAACACCUGCUGACACUCGAGGCCGCAGUCGGGCUAAAGUAGUUUCGCAAUCUCAGCGAUCCAGAUCAGCUAACCCUGCAGGUGCUGGUAGUCGAUCCAGCUCUCCUGGGAAGCUGUUGGGAAGUGCAUAUGGAGGGCUUAGCAGCGGAACAACUAGAGGACACCCAGUGCCAACACCAUCCUCAUCUACUGACAAACGCAGUAAAGUCCCCCGAAGUCAGGGCUGCAGCCGAGAGACCAGCCCUAGCAGGAUAGCUCUAGCACGGAGCAGCCGUAUCCCCCGACCCAGCGUGAGUCAGGGGUGCAGCCGCGAUACCAGCCGUGAGAGCAGCCGAGAUACAAGCCCUGCUCGGGGCUUUCCUCCACUUGCCUCUCGACGUCAUUCCAGAUCCACUAGUGCUCUCUCCACUGCUGAUUCUGUUGGGCAGUCAGAACGGUUUGGGCUUGGCCAGCCAGGCAGGUUGCCUGCCUCUAUGAAUGCAAUGCGAGUUCUGAGUACAAGCACAGAUCUGGAAACUGCUGUGGCAGAUGCAUUGCUCUUAGGAGACUCCAGAAGCAAGAAAAAACCAGUGAGAAGAAGGUAUGAACCAUAUGGGAUGUAUUCCGAUGAUGAUGCAAACAGUGAUGCCUCCAGUGCUUGCUCAGAGCGGUCCUAUGGUUCCCGCAAUGGAGGCAUCCCACACUACCUGCGACAGACAGAAGAUGUAGCGGAGGUUUUAAACCACUGUGCUAGUUCCAACUGGUCUGAAAGGAAAGAGGGAUUAAUUGGCUUGCAAAACCUAUUGAAGAGCCAGAGGACAUUAAGCCGUGUGGAGUUGAAAAGGUUAUGUGAAAUCUUCACACGUAUGUUUGCAGACCCCCACAGCAAGAGAGUUUUCAGCAUGUUUCUUGAAACUUUGGUAGACUUCAUCAUUAUUCACAAGGAUGAUUUGCAGGACUGGCUCUUUGUUCUUCUGACACAGUUACUGAAGAAGAUGGGUGCUGACCUGCUGGGAUCCGUGCAGGCCAAAGUGCAGAAAGCUCUGGAUGUAACAAGAGAUUCUUUUCCAUUUGACCAACAAUUUAAUAUUUUGAUGAGGUUUAUCGUAGAUCAGACCCAAACACCAAACCUUAAGGUAAAAGUGGCAAUAUUAAAAUACAUUGAAUCCUUGGCUAGACAAAUGGAUCCUACAGAUUUUGUAAACUCCAGUGAGGCUAAACUUGCUGUUUCUAAGAUUAUUACCUGGACAACAGAACCAAAGAGCUCAGAUGUAAGAAAGACCAUGCAUAGUUGGGUAGGUGAGGAUAUGCCAGCUAAACCAGCAGCAGCCUCGUCAGGUCCUGGUGAAGGAAACUUGGAAGAAAAGUGUAAACAGGCAGCACAAAUAGUCCUGAUCUCUCUGUUCGAAUUGAACACUCCUGAGUUUACCAUGUUACUUGGUGCCUUGCCAAAAACAUUCCAGGAUGGUGCUACCAGAUUAUUACAUAACCACCUCAAGAACUCCAGCAACACUAAUGUGGGUUCCCCUAGUAAUACUGUUGGCCGGACCCCUUCACGUCAUCCUAGCAGCAGAACCAGCCCUUUAACUUCACCUACCAAUUGUUCUCAUGGAGGAUUAUCACCCAGUCGUUUCUGGGGUUGGAGUGCAGAUGGGCUGUCGAAGCACCCCCCUCCCCUUUUUCAGCCUAACUCCAUCCCCGCUGCUCCUUCUCACAAGACUUUCAGGCGCUCAUACUCUCCCAGCAUGCUGGAUUAUGACACGGAAAACCUAAAUUCUGAUGAAAUUUAUAGUUCUCUUCGUGGAGUCACAGAAGCUAUAGAAAAAUUUAGUUUUCGUAGCCAAGAGGAUCUAAAUGAGCCAAUCAAACGUGAUGGAAAGAAGGACAGUGAUAUUGUUUCCAGAGAUGAUGGUAUAGCCUCACCAGCCACUGAUGUGCGUGGAAGCAGUGAUGUGGUAGAAGGAGGAAGGAUGGCUCUGGAUAACAAGACUUCUCUGCUCAACACCCAGCCCCCACGUGCCUUUUCUGGACCCCGAGCUCGAGAGUACAACCCUUACCCCUACUCUGAUACUAUCAGCGCCUACGAUAAAACUGCUCUUAAGGAAGCCGUAUUUGAUGAUGAUAUGGAUCAACUUCGGGAUGUGCCCAUUGAUCAUUCGGACUUGGUGGCUGAUCUUUUAAAAGAAUUAUCCAAUCAUAAUGAACGGGUAGAAGAACGGAAAGGAGCCCUUCUUGAGUUAUUGAAAAUUACAAGAGAAGAUAAUCUGGGAGUUUGGGAGGAACAUUUUAAGACAAUUUUGCUCUUAUUACUUGAAACACUUGGAGAUAAAGAUCAUUCAAUACGAGCCUUGGCAUUGAGAGUUUUGCGAGAAAUUCUGAGGAACCAACCAGCAAGAUUUAAGAAUUAUGCUGAACUAACUAUCAUGAAGACCCUAGAAGCGCAUAAAGAUUCUCAUAAAGAGGUUGUGAGAGCUGCCGAGGAAGCUGCUUCCACUCUGGCUAGUUCCAUCCAUCCAGAACAGUGCAUCAAAGUGCUUUGUCCCAUCAUUCAAACAGCUGACUAUCCAAUUAAUCUGGCUGCUAUUAAAAUGCAAACUAAAGUCAUUGAAAGAAUCUCAAAGGAGUCAUUGCACCAGCUCCUACAAGACAUCAUCCCUGGAUUGUUGCAGGGUUAUGACAACACCGAAAGCAGUGUUCGCAAAGCCAGUGUGUUUUGCCUCGUGGCCAUCUAUUCAGUGAUUGGCGAAGAACUGAAGCCUCAUCUUGCACAACUGACUGGGAGCAAGAUGAAGCUCUUGAAUUUGUAUAUAAAGAGAGCGCAGACGACCAACAGCAACAGCAGCUCAUCCUCAGAUGUUUCUACACACAGUUAAUGGAGAUCUUUGGACAUAUGUGUAGACAUAGAAACAAUCAGCUGUGCCUCUCAGAAACCCUCCCCUCAUCAGCACGCUCCAUCUGCUGAUGGAGGCCAUGCAAAUAUUUAUUGCAAUCAGUAUUUUUAGUCCUUUUAAAGCUUUUUAUUGUAGGAGAUUCUUGGAAUUGAAUAUAAGGGAAGCAAGGCCUGGAUUGCAGUUUUCAUUAAAAACAAGGUAAUAGUGUACUGUGGUUAAAUGCAUUGCAGUUACAUACUGUCUCUGCUAAGAUCUGAAGUAGUCCCAGAGAUGCAUAACACGUUCAUAUUUUAUCAAACAGAUUUCUUUGAUAUUGAUGGAGAGCUUGAAUUUAUAUUAGACUAUAUUUGUAUUAUAGUCACACUUUUAACUAGCUAUUCUAGUUCCCCCAAUUUCUCAAGCAUCGUUUUAAAACUGAGCUUAAAAGUUGGAAUGAAUUUGCAUUUGUUUUCAGACGUAAUCUAUACAGGCUAUAAAAUCAAGCCCUUCAACUAGUUUUUUUUAAACUAGAAAAAACCAAUAACAAUCACCUGUGUGGCAAAUGUUAGGAAAAUUCAAGAAAUCCCAAGCAAAUAUGCAACAGUACAAUCUAUACAGGGCAAUGUGGUUAGUUUUGUAGAACCGAUUCAAGAGCUGCAUGGACAACUCAGUUUACAAUUUCUUCUCUGUAUUUCAACAUAUAUUUUUUUCAAAAUGUUUGAAAUUGCAAGCUACAUUGGUUCUAACUUACCUGACACAGCUUUACUGUUUGUUUCUUUGUUUUAACAGAACUCUGUUUUGUUACAGUGUUUAUGGUAUUCCUUCUGUGACAACAGAUCUCUGUUAGUGUGCACUGAGACUAGAUGCACUGUAAUUGCCUGUAUACUGGUCAAGACCUAAUGUUGCUGUCAGAGAAAAGUGUCUCCUAGGAGAUAUAUGUGAAAUUCUAUUUCUGCUGCUUCGAUGUUCCAUGAGAAAACGUUCUUUCCAAAGCUCUGAUUGGCUUCCCGGAGCUGCAACUCAGAUAACCAGGCCUUCCUUCCUUAAUAAAAUACUUCUUUCAUUUGUCAACAACGUUCCUUAGUGUGACAGUUGUUCUCUUAAUUUUCACCUUCACUGAUCAGGAGUCCUCCAGACUUUGAGUACUUCAGCCUCCUCUUCCUCAUCCCAGUCAGCCUGAAUUAUUUAUAAUGGUUUUUCUGCGCCUAACAUAUCAAAUUAUUUCCAUUUUAAGAUGAUCAUACACGUACGUUGAUUAUUUUUGGCAGUGCUCAAAGGGCUAGCUUAAUCUGCAACAAUUUGCUUUCUUUUAAAGCUGUACAACUGGGGAAUGUAAGAUGUAUUUAAGUGCUCUGGGCAAAAGGAUUCUUUAGCUACUACUCUGUCCAUGCUGAUGGAAGUAGAUCUGCAUGCUGCUGGCACACAAAAAGCAAGAGCCAGAAUAGAGAGGGCUCCCUCUUUCCCCAGCACGAUUCAAGUGUGCUCAGUUGCUUUGUCUCUUGCUGCCUUCUUAGACAGGGCUUUAACUUUUUGAGAAAAACCGAUGUGAUUUCCUUCAGGGUCUUCUCCAUUGACCCAUUCCUCUUCCCUUUUCAGGCCAUUAUAUCUGAAAAUUCACACAAAUCAACCUGCCUGGUACUGGUUUGCUUAGAUGGGGAUGCGUCUGUUCUCCCAUGGCACAUCAGUGUAUCCAGGGCAGGAGUAUACAAAUAUGUGCAAUCCCUUUCACCAUCUAAAUCCUGUCCAUUCCUUAAUGUAGUGCUGAAUUAUCCGAGGCAUUGUGGCUUUCCUUUGAAAAGGUACACUGUGUGUGCUUACUGGAUUACAAUACAACACAAGACUUUUCUAUCACCUCCUGUUACCUCUCGGUAACCUGUAUACAUAAUGUACCAUGCAACCUGUCACAUAAAUCUUCUUUCUACCACCCUCUCAACCCCUUUAUUUAUCAAGUGUAAUGGUUCACAUUAAAGGACAACGAAGAAAUAUUUGUAGAAUGCAGAAAAUGUUUGCUAACAAUAAUAAUGUUAUAAAUGGGAAGGGCAGGGUGACAAAGCUUAUCAAACCAGUUAGCCAUCAGAAAAAGUUUCUUGGCACAGUGUUCAUGCGCAUGUAUUUAAUUUUGAUUUUGGGUUGGUUGUUUUAUUUUCUUUCAUUUUUUUUGCGCUUUGUCAUGUUACAUCCAUAUCUGUAUUUAUAUCUUAUUUGUUUCACUUUGAGUGUAUCAUGGCAAAUGUACAGAUGUUUUUAUGUUAACAUUUACAUGAUAGAAUUUGCUAAAAAAAAAUAAUAAUAAAACUUUCUGAGUUUGCCCUAGAAUAAAAGAAAAUAAAUUU